AGAAAGUCGGUCCCCUCUGGUUCCAACUAAUACCCCUCAAAUCUCCACGUCAUCGUCCACCAACUCGAGCUACUCAACAAUGAGCACUCGAGAGGCACUCACGAAUGUGAUGGACUUGAACUGUCCUACUUUUGAGGGAAGUGGGAGUAUAAAUGGAGCACAUAGAUGGAUGAGGAGGGUGGUUGACACCUUUCGCGACCUUGGACUCUCCGAUGAUCUAAGGAUCCAAAUAGCACCAGAGCUACUAGUAGGAGCUGCACGAGUUUGGUGGGAGCGCACCAAGAGACGCUUGAACAAUGAACCCACUUGGUUUGAUUUUGUUCGAGAGUUCAACACCUAUCAUUACUCACCUGUGGACCAAGAACAUUUUGAAGCCUUUUUCUUCGGCUAUAGGCAGGGGGACAACAUGGUAAGAGAAUAUCAGGAGGUCUUGAGGAGUGCAUCGCUGUUCUUACCCGAGUAUUCUACAAAUGAUGAGAUGUGUAGCAAUAGGUUCAUGGCUGGACUUAAUCCACGAAUUCGUCAAAUCAUGCAUGUACCACCCGCGAGCAGUUUUGAAGAUCUAGUCCUCAUUGCAGAGGAAGCUGAGAUAGUCUGGAAAGGGGAGAAUAAGGAAAAUUCUAAGGUGGGGAGAACACGAAGGGAUGCCCAAGGAUCGUCGACCCAUAGGGUGGGAGCAGGAGACCAGCUAAAAGAGGCAACGUCGAAGAAGAAAAAGAAGAGGAGCAAGAGGUGUCAUCUGUGUGGUGAACUAAGCCAUGCCCAGGAGAGAUGUAAUCCCGACGAGACUAGACCCACGGGAGGCCCAACCCGAAUGAACCCUACCCGUUACAAUUCUGACCUAGAGGAACCAUUUUGUGAUGUCCCACUUGACUGGGCAGUGUACCCAUUCAUAUAUUUUUCCUCAUCUAUCUUGACUGGGCAGUGUGCCCAAGUCGAAUGAACCCUACCCGUUACAACCCCUGUUGGGGACUUGUCGUGCGGUCCAAAACAAAUUAAAAAUUUAUAAAAUAUCCUUAGCUAACCCCCAAUAUAUAAUAAAAUAAAGACUAUAGCUAGGGCAAAACAUUUGAUACACUUUAAUAAACUUUAACGUCUAAUGAUGAAAAUAUUUUGCAGGUCUCCUUGAACUACUCAAGCAUAAGAAUUGUAAUCUAUUCACAUAAAAGAACAUUACAUAUUUUCAUUAAAUCAAGAGUUGUUUAUUGCGCUUAAACAAUCCCAAUUUUUAUGAAAAUAACAAACAAAAACACCAAAACAUAAACAAUCACUCUAUAACGAAUCUUAAGGAAAACGGUCGACUUAUGUGGCUAAGAAGAUCAUUUACCUUAAAAUUUUACAAAACACAAGUCACAAAAAAGAUUCACGUAUGAAUUCGAAAAUCACUUAACUAAGAUAUGUAGCUAAAUUAGCUUCAAUGAUAACCGAAUUCGACAAACCAACCUACUUAUGAAAUCAAAUUUAUAAUUCAACCGAUUUAACAUCAAUUUGCGCAAAAAUUGAAGAAACUAGUAAGAAUCAAUUUUCAUUCAUAAGGGAUUUAAUAUAACAUAAAAAAACCCAUAAAGAAACACCAACCAUUUUGGAAUUUUCGAAAUUAACACAACAAGCAAAAAAAAUGUAAACUUCAAUUGAAACAACAUUUUUACAAUGAAAUGGAGAAGAAAAAGAAAUUGACAAAUAAGGGUUACCAAUUGUU